AUGAAACUACCUAGAACCUUUUCAAUCAAUUCCAUCAAGUCCUUUGGGAGAUUUCAGCAAGUCAGAAACGCAUCAGUUUCCAACGUCAGAUUUAUCCAAAAAUCUUCAAAAGUUCAAGAUCCACUCGAGAAGUAUCGUGAAAAAUUAGAAAAGAAAGCUAAAGAAGUUGGUGCUAGUAAUGUGGAUGAAUUGAAAGAAAAGCUAAAAGAUAAAAUUGAAGAUACUAAAAAAGAGUUCAACAAGAUUGAUCCGUUAAAAGAGUUGGAAGAAUAUGAAAGAAAACAAGCUUUAGAGGCUCAACAAAAAAAACUACAUGAAGAUAAACUAAGAGGCCCUAGAAAGGAGGGUACACCAGAAAAACCAUACAAAACAUUGAACUCAUUCGUUGAUGUUUCUAAAAUAUCAGAACUACCACCAAGAGAAUUGGAAUAUAUCUGGAAAGCAAGAUUUCAAAGUAAAGAAAAUUCAUUGAUCUCAAUAGUUCCUAAUAACGUUUUUGAUAAGCUUUACAAAAAUGCAAGAGAGAAUCCAACAUUCGUUUUACCUCUUCCAAGAGAAACAGAAGGUGGUGAAAACGAUGCAUUUGAACUACACUAUGUUCAAUGGCAAUUUGUUGGUCCAAACACAGUCCAUUGUAUGUUUACCACAUUAUUAGAAUUCAAGACACAUAAAGAAUUUGCUAGACCACAUACCUCUUUGAUGUUUCAUACUGAAUUGAAAGAAGACAAAGGGUUAGUAUUGAUGAAUGGUACUGUUGAGAAAGAUUCGGCUGUUAAAUUACCAGAAGCCCAACUUUUAUUAUUAAAUGUUCAGAGAUUCUAUGGUGCUUUAGCUGAUAGUGAGGCUUCAAAGCGUCGUACCAAACUUUUGAGAGAUUUCACAUCUGGUUCUUCGGAUUUUUCAGUCGAGGCACUUGUCGCUGAAGCUCAAUCCUUGGAAAACUAG